GGAGGAAGAUGGAGCUAGCUAGUGAUCAUUUAUUGCUCUAUCUUCCUUACAUUAUUGAUGCCAUAAUUCCUCUCUUUUUACAGCUAUGUAGAAUAAUUUUUGAAACACAGAAAUAGUAGCUUAUUUUUUUCAUUAUUUUCUAUUAUAAUUAUAAUAAAUGAUAUACAGGUGUAUAUGGAUAGUCCAUAGAAGUGGAGUAUAUAUAAGUGGACAUGAGUAUGUGAUGAUUAGCAUGUAAGCAGCAGGGUGUUUUACACACACAACAAGACCAACCACAUUUGCCCACAGCCCAAACAAGUUGGUUUCAUCAGUCUCUUUGGAUCCAAUGAAAAUGAGCUACAAGAAGCUCUCUCUCUUCAUUUUUCUCUUUUCUUCUUGUCUUGCCACCCUCCUCACCCCCUCUCAUGGUGAUUACAAGCAUUGGCAAACUCAGUUCUCUUUUAUUCGAUGGGCGAGCUCGUUCUCAUCUCCGUCUUCGUCCUCUAACCAAGGUGAAAAGGGGUAUGACUACAUUGUUGUAGGGGGUGGUACAGCAGGGUGUCCAUUGGCAGCCACAUUGUCCCAAAAAUACAAUGUGUUAUUACUUGAAAGGGGUGGUGUCCCUUUUACAAAUAGAAAUGUGUCCUUUUUGUCAAAUUUCCAUCUUACACUUGCGGACACUUCUAAUACUUCACCUUCACAAUACUUUGUGUCUAAUGAUGGAGUCUACAAUGCAAGAGCUAGGGUUUUAGGUGGUGGCACUUCCAUCAAUGCAGGAUUUUACACUCGAGCAAGCGCAAGAUAUAUCAAGAGAAUGGGAUGGGACGCAAAAUUGGUGAAUGAAUCAUACCCAUGGGUUGAAAAGCAAAUUGUUCACGAACCCUUGUUCGAACCGUGGCAAAGAGCGGUUCAUGACGGUUUACUAGAUGCCGGGGUUUCACCUGAUAACGGGUUUACAUAUGACCAUUUAUAUGGUACAAAGGUUGGUGGGACCAUUUUUGAUAAGUAUGGUCGUCGACACACUGCUGCUGAGUUAUUAGCUUCUUCAAACCCUAAAAAUAUUGACGUGUUGAUUCACGCAAAAGCUCAGAAGAUUAUAUUUGACAUGACUGGGAAGAAGCCAAGGGCAGUCGGAGUGGUUUUUAACGACGAAAAUGGGGUUCGUCAUGAAGCGUUUAUUUCUAGGAGGCACGGGAGUGAGGUUAUCGUGACGUGUGGGGCGAUUGGAAGCCCGCAACUACUAUUGCUUAGUGGGAUAGGACCAAAAGCCGAGCUUGAGAAACUAAACAUUUCUGUCGUGCACGAUAACAAAUUCGUCGGGAAAGAUAUGUCGGACAAUCCUAUGAAUACUAUUUAUGUUCCUUUCAGAAAACCCGUCAAGCAGUCGCUGAUCGAAACCGUCGGGAUUACGAAAAAGGGUGUGUAUAUUGAAGCUAGUAGCGGUUAUGGUCAAUCUAAGGAUAGUAUUAGUUGCCACCAUGGUAUUGCUUCGGCUGAGAUUGGACAACUGUCAACGAUUCCUCCAAAACAAAGAACACAUGAGGCAAUAGAAUCAUACAAAAGAAACAAGAAGGAUAUCCCAUAUGAAGCAUUUCAUGGAGGUUUUAUCUUGUCAAAGAUUGCUUACCCAAAGUCAAAAGGGGAGCUCAAAUUGGUCAACACCAAUGCCGACGACAAUCCAUCCGUCACAUUUAACUAUUUUAGUCACGUUCAAGAUUUAAAGGCGUGUGUUAACGGGAUCCGAAUUGUUGAGAAACUCGUUAGGUCUAAACCGUUCCUCAACUUCACUCAAUGUGACCGAAAAACCAUCAAAAAACUCCUCAACAUGAGUGUAACCGCCAACGUCAAUUUGAUACCUAGACACACAAAUGAUACAAAGUCACUCGAGCAGUUUUGUCGAGAUACAGUGAUCACAAUCUGGCACUAUCAUGGCGGGUGUCAUGUAGGCCAGGUGGUGAACACUAAUUACGAGGUUAUGGGUGUUCACAGGCUUCGUGUCAUAGAUGGGUCAACUUUUGACGAAUCGCCUGGCACAAAUCCCCAAGCCACGGUUAUGAUGAUGGGAAGGUACAUGGGAGUCAAGAUUUUGCGAGAAAGGUUAGCUAGGGAAAACAAAUAGAUUGCGAAGAUGAAUUCGAGUAGUGUGUGGUGUUCAUCAGUGAAUUCGUGUACUAAUUGUCAAAUAUUGUUAAUUAAGGUAGAAAUUAUUUGCAAGUAGUAGACAUCAAGGACUUAAGUUGGCACAACUUGGGUCCAUUUAGCGACCAAAAAUGUCUAGAAAACUUUAUGAUUGCGUGACUAGUUACCUAUGCAAAUUAUCUUGUUGAAGCAAAAA